GUGCCGUCGUCUAGAAUUUGGUCCAUCCACUUCAGGAUGCAAGGCGCAUCACGUUUACAUGAUCAUUAUACCCCCCUUCACCAAUCCUCUCGAAGAUUGUCAGUAAGUCGCAGAAAAGGAAAGAACGCUCUUAAUCACAGGACGUCGCCUUCUCACUCCUCGACGCCUAUUGCGCUGGCCUCUGAUCCACCCCCUGUUAACGGUGGAGCGCCAAGCGGUUACUCUCUUAGAUGCUAACACUGAGCAUCUGAAUAUUUGUUAUAUAACGUUCCUGCUCCUCUGACGGUAUUGCUUCCAUCAGCCAACACACUCAUUAUGGGCGGGUCUAUACUUCGUUUGAUGUUCUUCUUGAACAUUGUGAUAGUCCAUCUUACUACAGCGGCACCCCUUGCCAACGAUGACGAGGCCGACUACUAUUAUGACUGUGGAUCCGAGACCGCUCCUUCAAUCAGUCGCAAUUCUGGGACCUCCUCUGCUAGCAGCUCUGCACCUGUGUUGUCCACAAGGCUACCAGAUACUUCAUCCUACACAUUCUCUGCCACCAGUCGCUUGACUUCGCUUAGCUCAUCAGCAAUCCAGGUUGCUUCCUCAACUGUCGAACCUCAGACAUUAGGUGUACGUAACUGCAUUUCAUGCUACUUUUCGAUAUGAUAUAAUGAGAAGACGUACGACGAGAACAGGAAGUCCCAGAGUGGCGUACGGGACUUGAGGAAAGUGCAUCGCGAAAGAGUUCUCAGCUCAUCUGAUCGCUCUUGCCUGUGAGGUUUCCUUUGCCGCCCUAAGUCGUCUUUUCA